AUGGCUCGCUUGUGCGUCUUUGAUUCCAACGAGGAUGUCGGCAAGUUUUUGAUGGCCAAUUACGAGGAGAGCCAAAGGAUCAACGUUCCACAACCAUCCCCCAGAACACAGCUCCACGACGAAACUGAGACUGCUGCGGCGCUACUUGGAUAUGUGUAUUCGAACAUGCAGCCUUGGUUCAAGGAGGACACGGACGCGAUGCUUCUACAAAGUGACGUGCAUUCUGUCAGGUCCGUGCGUUACGUAGCCAUUCACGUUCGGCGGGGCGACAAGGUGACCCUCCAGGAAGCGUCGAGGACAGAGGUUGAGGUGUACCUUCAAGCUGCGGCGUCAAUCCUUCAGAAUUCGACUGGAAGUGUGGAUGGCCCCAACUCCAUCGGUGGCUUGUGGGUAUCAUCCGACGACCCCAGCGUAUUACCGGAAGUAAAGGCGCUGGCUUCUACCUACUUUGCCAACGUUCAAGACGACCGUGUGGUCUCAAUUACAUUCAGGGCGGAAGGACUUGCUCAGGAUGGAAACAAAGACCAACUGCCAACAACUUCUCAUCGCAUGGCAAGUGGCCUACGCGGAAGGGGAGAUUCGGCCUCGUUGCUGAACGUGAAUAACAUUGCCUUUCAAGAGGGCUAGCGCCGCUACCGUGGUCACGUACACGAUGCUCAGGAGGACACUAAUGCACACCCGUCGCCGACCUCUUUCCGCCUCACUCAGACAUAUGAGCUGUACGUUGUACUGCAUGCCGAGCUGCGCAUGAUGUCUCACGCCGACGUCUUCGUCGGAACGUUCUCGUCCAACAUUGGUCGGUUGGUUUAUCUUUUGAGAGAGAUCAACGGGCUCCCGCGCUACUCAACUCAUAGUGUGGAUGUACCUACAUGGCACUUCGGACGACGCGAGUUGGCCAUGAACAGUGGCCUUGAUACAGGCAAUCGAGGGACGAACUUCAGUGUGAAAACAGACGGUGGUGCACAUUAGCUUUGGGGAACGGGGUGAAGAAGUGAUGUUCCUCUGUAUGCCUAAAGGGGAAGGCAAAUGUGCACGCUUUGAAGUAUCCGAUACGGCCAAUCCCUCUGCCUUGCAAUGGGAACCAGACGAACCCAAAAUGUAGGCAACCGCAGUCUGUCGACGGUUGCCCAUGAUCCUUCUUUCUUGUUGGAGAUUGCGGCAGUCGUUGGAAACAGUUCAUUUCAGUGCGAGCAGGUCGUAAAUCGAAAUCGUCCGAUUCGUUGCGGGUGGUUGUUUUGUGCUAUGGUAUUCGGAGGGAGCGUUACCCCCCCCAUGGUGCGUUGGCGUUUUUCGGGCGGUAAGAUUAACUAGGGUGAAGUAUUGCGCCCGCGCCCCCCAAUGGGGCAGACAGCCACAACGAGACGGAUGGCGGUGAGGGUUUGGGGGAAAAUAAGGUAUAAGGAGGAAGACGACCGUGCUCUAUUAGUCUAAUAUCGUGUUAUCAUGUGUAUCAUGAUGUAUUUACACUAUACAGGAUGGUCGUCGUGUCGUGACACAUAUUUCUUACUUCAUGAUCCCCAACUGAAAAUUGGAUUUUUAGCCAGCACGGUUGGGAUUUUUAGCCAGCACGGUUGAAGAUACAGACA